ACCUUCAGUACCCAAUACCCUUUCAACCCAAUAUAUAACAUUGAGUUCCAUUUCUACAAAAUCAGGGUUGAGAUGCGAUGUUGGUUCUAGUGCUGUAUUUACCUCGUUGGUUGGCUUGAGGUUGGACGUAUUGCUAGGAUGUAAUUGGAUGGCUUUUGCCAAGGAUCCACCUCGCUUAGGACAACCGGCCACAAUCCUUGAGCGUCACCAACAAGCGAUAAGCAAACAAUCCAACACAUACGAAUACAAUAAGUCUGCAUCUGUUGCCUCGUCAGGUUGAAAGAGGAGCGCUACCCCCACUUUGUCACUUAAAUUCCGCUUAUUUCCAUUCUCCUUCUGCUCCUCGGUCCAAAGUUUUUCACUUCAGCGGCUUCUUCUCAAGUUAUCGAGGCUUUGAGAGAGGCCCUUCCCACCGGAAAAUUUGUCGAGCGUGGAACAGAAAUUUUCCAGGACUUGAACUCAUCUUAUCUCUCAACUCUCGAAAGUGAUCUCCAACCAGCUUAUAUCUUUCAACCACGAAACAAGGAAGAGGUUGUGAUCUUCAUACAGGCUAUCAAUACUUUCAUAGAAAGUGUCAAACUCGCUAUACGUGGUGCGGGAUGCCAGCCAGUUCCAGGCUGCGCCAAUAUUCAAGAUGGCAUUACUUUAGAUCUAAGUUUUCUGACCGGUAUUGAUAUCAAGGACGGUUCUGUCCAGAUUGGGGCUGGCGAGCAUUGGGGUAGUGUGUACCAAAAGCUCGAUGGUGAAGGGCUUGGUGUUGUGACUCGAUUUGAUUGCAAGACUUUCAAACAAGGGAAAAUCUGGGGCGGCUCCGUGUUUUACUUUCAACCAAGUUUUCCUGGCCAGAUUGAAGCACUCGUCAAAGAGCUCAAAGACCCAAAUGCAAGCAAGGAAACCCAUCUCAUGAUUAGCAUUGGAUACUCUGCUGCUGUUGGGCCACAAAUUAUGUGUUUGAACCAGCCAUACUUUACGGACGCAAUGGAGAAUCCCCCAGUACUUGAUCCUUUCACCAAAAUCGAACCACAAAUCGGUUUUAUGAACACUAUGCGACUACACACCCUGAAGGAGGCUGCGGAAGAGCAAGCAGGAGCGCACCAGCGCCUAGUUAGGUACGCAUAGUUUCCUUCAAAGGAUUUCAAAUAUCUAAUUUUCGAGCAGGUGUGCGUACAUGAACAUGACAGUGAAGGCCGAUGUUCCCACGCUUCAGAGAGCGUCAAACAUCCAUACAGCUGAAAUUGAUCAUAUUGAUGAACACGGGUAUCCCAAAGACCCGGAACCUCCCAUAAGGUCCGUUGAAAAUGGACUGUUCUCUCUGACACUUCAGCCGUACUCUCUCUCCUUACUCGAGAAGUCCGCUUCCAAUGGCGGAAACUCAUUGGGUCUCAACACCAAUGAUGGCCCACUUGUUUCGAUCUUGCUAAUGUCGAUAUGGAAAAACGAGACAGAUGACGAUGUCGUGCUUGAUUUCAUGAGGAACACAAUCAAGCACAUCAAGCUCGAUGCUGAAGAAAGAUACACACUUGUUCCAUAUGUUUACAUGAAUUACGCAUUUAGCCACCAAGAUCCAAUUGGGUCUUACGGAGUUGAGAACCACGAGAGGCUUCAGGCGGCUAGUAAGAAAUAUGACCCGGAAGGUCUGUUUCAAAGGCCUUGUCCAGGUGGUUUCAAAUUGUUUACUUAAGAUGAAUUUUCUCGCUUAGUGUCUUUUUGCCGCUGUUCUCUCACGAUUUAUGAUAUUUUAAAG